GUGUGUUCUGUGUGCACUGUCCCGCAGGUGUUGGUUCUGGAGGCGCGGGGGCGGAUCGGGGGGCGUGUCUGGGAUGAGGUGUCGCUAGGGGUUACAGUCGGCCGCGGCGCCCAGAUCAUCAACGGCUGCGUCAACAACCCCAUCGCCCUGAUGUGUGAACAGUCGUCUCUGCAGAUGCACACUCUGGGCGUGCGCUGUGAGCUGCUGCAGGAGGGUGGACGCGUCACUGACUCUGCUCUGGACAAGCGCAUGGACUUCCACUUCAAUGCGGUUCUGGACGCCGUCUCUGAUUGGAGGAAAGACAAGCCGCAGUCCCAGGAUGCACCACUGGGGGAGAAGAUCCAGGAGGUGUAUAAGGUGUUCCUGCAGGAGUCCGGUCUUCAGUUCACUGAGCUGGAGGAGAAGGUGCUGCACUUCCACCUCAGCAACCUGGAGUACGCCUGCGGGAGCACGCUCGACCAGUUCUCUGGUGAUCACGCACUGCUGACUGACGGAUACUCGGCCGUCCUGGACAAACUGGCUCAGGGACUCGACAUCCGGCUCAAUACUGCAGUCCAGCGUGUGGAUUAUUCUGGAGAGGCAGUGAAGGUCUGGUCCUCCUGCGGCUCACACUGGACGGCACACAAGGUGUUGGUGACAGUGCCGCUCGCUCUGCUCCAGAAGAACAGCAUCUCCUUCACUCCUGCUCUGCCAGAGCGCAAGCUGAAGGCCAUCCACAGCCUGGGUGCAGGAGUCAUCGAGAAGGUGGCUCUGCAGUUCUCCAGACGCUUCUGGGACAGUAAAGUGCAGGGAGCUGAUUAUUUCGGCCGUGUUCCUCCGUGUCCAGAGAAGAGAGGCCUGUUCAGUGUGUUCUACGACAUGCGUCCUCAGGGUGAGGAGUGUGUGCUCAUGACUGUGGUCACAGGUGAGGCUCUGGCGCUGAUCCGGGAUCUGCAGGACUCACAGGUGGUGGAUCUGUGCAUGCAGGUGCUGCGGGAGCUGUUUCCAGAACAGGAUGUACCGGAUCCACUUAGGCACUUUGUGACACGCUGGAGCUCUGACCCAUGGUCCCACAUGGCCUACAGCUUCGUGAAGACCGGCGGCAGCGGCGAGGCCUACGACAUCAUGGCAGAGGACGUCCAGCGGAAACUGUUCUUUGCUGGCGAGGUGUGUGUGUGUGUGUGUUUGUUUGUGUGUGUGUGUGUGUUUGUUUUUCAUCAGUUCUCCUCCAAUCAGAUGUGCAGUAAUUCUUAA